AUGGAGAAACGCAGGAAAUCAAAUUAUUAUGAUCCAAACACUAAAUCACCAGAGACAAUACAAAGAGCUUUAACCGGUUUAGAGAGAUUGGUGAAGGAGAGGAGUGAUAGAGAGAGCGAGAUUAGGGUUCUGAAAGGGGAAGCGAUUGAGCUUAUGGGAAAGGUUGAGAUGGACAAGGAACAGUUGAGGAAGGUCUGUGAGUGUGAGGAGGUGAAUCGGUUAAAGAAUAUGGAGAUAGUGAUUGGGAGAUUGAAAUCUGAAAACGAUAGAUUGGUGAAGGAGAUCGUAGGGGUGAACAAGGAGAUGAUUGGUCUGGAGAAGACAAUUGAUGGAUUGAAUAGAGAGAUCGAACAUCUUUUGAGUGAAAAGAAUGAGAUGGAGAUUGUACAGAUUGGAGAAAUCGAGGAGUUGGAGAGAAAGUCAGACAAGUUCAAUGAGACUGUGCAGAAUUUGACAAAGGAAGACAAGGUUUUGAGGGACGGGUUGGAAAAGAAUCUUGAUGACUCCAUGGAGAAAGAGAGAGGAAUGAUGGUGGCAUUAGGGAAAGAGAGGACAAUCAAGGAAUCUGAGCUUGAGAGAUUAAUGGAGGAGAAGAAGAAACAGAUGGAGAUGGUCAAUGAGCAGUCAUCUGAUAAGGACAAGUUGAUUGAGCUUCAGGAGGGUAUUUCUAGUCGGGAGGCAAAUCUUGUUGAGCUGAAUCAAAAGGCUGUUGAGCUAACUCAUGCUUUGGCUAAGCUACAAAAGGAUUAUGAUGAUCAAACCAAGAUUAACGAUAAGUUUAUCUGCAAAGUUGGUCAGCUAAGCUAUGCCCUUGCCCAAGUUGAGAAGAAGCUCAAGAGAGAAGAAGCUGAUAAGACACUUGAUGAGGAGAAGAGGCAUGUAGAGCAUCUUAAGGCAGAGGUUUUAAAAUCAGGGAAGAGGCUUGCAAAAACUCUAGAAGAUUUUGAGAAAGUUAAGAUCGCGCGUGAGAGUUUGUUUUCAAGCGAAAAGGCUGCACUCGAGAAAGCUAUGGCUGCUCUGAAAACAGAACUAGAAUCCGCUGGAAUGGAUGCAGAACGCAACUUGGGGAUGCUAAAGAAUGCUGCAUCUAUGUUGUCUCAACCAGAGAACCGAGAAGAUAGAUUGAUUAGCGAGCAACAGAAUCGAGAAAAGGGAACAGAAUCCUAUGCGGUGGAGCUAGAGUCGAUAGAGAAAGCAUUCAGAAACAAAGAGGGCAUAAUUGAGAAAAUGAAGAAAGAAGCUGAGAUAAUGAAGCAAUCAACGCACCUCUGGUUUCAUAUAUCGCGAUUUUUGCUGCUGCAUGUUUUCUCCAUGCCGUCAAAUAACCACUAUCAUGACAUGAGUUUUAUCAGUAUCAUAUGAGCUUGCGAAUGAUGUUGUUUAGGUCUCUGCAACUAUCAUAUGAAUUAGUAUAAUCUUUCUCCUUGAGCUCUAUAUAGUUGUGCAUCUAUUGAUUUUCUUUAGCCAUUUUUUGACU